AUGGCUCGUGCCGAUUGCUCUUCUGUCUGCAUGGAAGAGGAUGUUGAUGAAUGGGAUGUCGAAAAGCAAAGCAGGACAGCUCGACUGAAAAGUGUUCUGGAUAAGAUCAACAAGGAGAGGUAUAAAAGCAUUCAGUGCCUAAGAUCGGACCUAGAAGCUGUAGACAGGCAGAUCUCUGCCGCCGGGCUCCCACAGUUGCAGCAGACUGCAAAACGGGAAGCCGGGAACUGCGGGGAUUUCGCGGGAUGCAACUUAUCGCGCCGUUUUUUCUACAACAGGGCCGGACUCGAUCCAAAGCCCGAUACGAGUUGCAGCGCCAGGUCGGGGGUGCUGCCGCCUAGCACCCCAGCUGAAGUGAGGCCUGCGAGCGGUACACUGAGCGUGUCAUCGCUCAGUACGGUCGGCACUGAUAUGGUUUGCAAAAGCCGGACUCGCAAACAGACGAGGCCUCGUCGGCGAUUGGACAGAGUUAGUGAGGAGGAGCCUACAGAGCAAAACGUGGAGCGACUUCCUACCCAACUCGAUGGUGUUUUCAAAGGGUUCCGAACGCUUAAAGUCGAGAGCGAACGGCUCUGCACUGGACUCCGGCAAGCGCGGGAGUUUGCGAAUCGCUACUCAGCGGAGCUGUCUACUUGUGAGCCCUCUACUGGCAGCUCCAUGACCGAGUGCCACAGAGACGGCGCUCGGAGGAUAUACAUGAAGCUAGUCAACUGCCUCGACUCAUCCUCUAGACUUGCAUAUAGGAUGCAGAGACGGAUCACCGUCCUUGAAAAAAACAGUCAGCAGAAGCUCUCCCAGAUUUACGACGAUAUUCAUCUGCGGCGGAAAUUCAGAUUGCCCCCAUGGCCUGUAACAGCCAGAAAACCUCCCCCAAGUCUGGUGGUGCGUGCGCGUGGUGGUGUGCAAAAAAGUUGCGCCGAAACACCUGAGGGAAAUACAAGGUACAGCCCGUGCCGGCUGCCGUCUCGGCAACGGCUUGAGUGCUCUCUGCAUUCCGUCGAUUCUCUCAUGAGUACCAGGGCCGUCCGGCCUGCCUCAGCCACGGCGGCCGCGGAAAAGUGGAGCGGCGGCCUUCUGUUGACCUGCCGCACGGACGAGCGUCGAGAACGACUAAGCAGAUCCCUCCUACAGGAAAGCGGCCCAGUUGCUGGAGCUUGGCAGCAUGACUCAACUGAGUGCCAGGAGUCCAGUGCUCCAAGAGACCGCAAAGCAACAUGUGCCAUGAACGCGGCCGAAAACGGCCUCACGUGUUCUGUUCCACUAAAACAGGAGAGGGCCACACCAGGAUGGGGACACGAAAAAACCACUCCAGCAAUCCCUCUUGGCAACGCUCGCUGCCGAAAUGUGUCAUCCCCCUGCUUGGCAGCUCAUCCCGGGUUGCUUCAGACCGUCCCGCGGGCGCCUCUUAACGUGAAAACCACAGCGGGUGCCCUGCGCCACCCCAUGCAGCAUCCGGAUGAUUGGGGCCUGGCCAGUGGCGCUUCAGCAAGGGGUCCCUUCUUUUUGUCGUCACACGUUGCUUCCUGUGGUGACAGCUUUGCAGAUUCCUGGUGCUGCACGAAACCGGCUUACUGCCGGCAACAUCCUGAGGGGCGGCGAUCGUUUUCACCGCUGCCUACGAUGUGCCGACAGUCUGGCCGAGUAACUAGUCAGGGACAUCCCACAUUUAAAUGCGUUAUGGAGCCGAAAAGCUUAAGAGCGUGGAAAUUAGAGGGUAUGCCCUGUCCACAUCACUCCCAGGAGGCCCACCCAAUCUCGGCGGAAGCGGAGCAGGGUACUAGGGGGAUGGCACCGCUCUCAACUCCAGUCCGUGUCACACGGAUUUCACCUUCGGCCGCUUUCGCACCUCGAACGCCUGUGUCGUGGAGAGGCAUCGAUGAUCGGAUUGUGGAACAGCCUCUGGCUGCAGAGCAGAUGUCAAGACCGUUUACCAGACUUGAUACAGAGGCGAAUUCGAUACCUGUGGGGCAAGGCCAGCCACUGCAACUGCCGGCAAACGGACAUCCCUUUGUUUCCAUCAGCUGUCCACUGCAGCCGAGCCCUGCGUCAGAUGUGCCGCUUCCGGAGCCGCCGGUCGUCCGAGCAAGAUCCACACCCCCAAAUAGUGUGUGCCGCUUCGCAGGCAGUGGAACCCCUCGCCGGAGAUACUCUUAA